AUGGCGAAUCGGACAGCGAAAGACGCUGUCACAGUAAAGGGAACCAAUCCUCAAUAUCUUGUUGAAAAAAUUACAAGAUCUCGAAUCUAUGAAUGCAAAUACUGGAAGGAAAAGUGCUUCGCCGUCACGGCUGAGCUUUUGGUUGAUAGAGCAAUGGAAUUAGAUCAUAUUGGUGGUACAUUUGGUGGUAAUAUCAAACCGACGCCAUUUCUAUGUUUAAUCUUAAAGAUGUUACAAAUUCAACCUGAAAAAGAUAUCAUAGUCGAAUUCAUUAAGAACGAAGAUUACAAGUACGUGCGUGCUUUAGGGGCGAUUUACAUGAGAUUGGUUGGCACUUCCAAUGACUGUUACAACUAUCUAGAACCGUUAUACAACGAUUUUAGAAAAUUAAAACGAAAACAGAGAUCAGGACAAUUUCAAGUUAUUCAUAUGGAUGAAUUUGUAGAAGAAUUACUCACUGAAGAUCGUGCAUGCGAUACAAUCCUACCACGCAUUCAGAAACGUUAUAUCUUAGAACAAACUAAUCAGCUAGAACCAAGAGUUAGUGCCUUAGAUGAGGACAUCGAUAUUGAAUCGGAUGAACAGUCAGAAUCUGAAGAAGAAGAGCCUGUAAAGCAUUCUAGACGUCGUAGUAGAUCUCGGGAUCGGGAUAAACACUCGAGGCGCAGCAAAUCACCAAGAAGGAGAGUAUUUGCAUCUUAUGUAUAA